AGAUUGUUAACUUAGGUCACUAAAGGCGGGGAGUGUAAAUGGAUCUGAUUUUUCACGAGAAGGUGGGCUGAUUAUCUUUCUCUCAAUGUUAUGUAGCAAGAUGGAUCAUUGUGUGCACAACAUUGCCUAAAUGCGCUUCUACAAGGCCCUUAUUUUACACCAGUAGAUUUAGCUAACAUUGCCAAACAGUUAGACGAUGAAGAAGUAUCCCAGUUGGGAAGCAGUCGCGGUAUGUCUAAUUGUUUUCAAAAUAUGGAUGAAAGUGGUUACUUUUCAGUACAGGUUAUUAGCCAAGCUUUGCAGAUAUGGUCUCUAGAACUUGUACCUUUUUUGCGACAAUGUCCGGAAGCAGAACGUGCUAGAGAAAAUCCUGCUAGUCAAAAUGCUUUUAUUUGUCACUACCGGCAUCAUUGGUUUACGAUAAGGAAAAUUGGGAAGCAAUGGUUCAACCUCAACUCAAUUCUUUCCGCACCUAAAUUAAUUUCUGAAACAUAUCUAGCUAUUUAUUUGGCUCAACUUAAAGAAGAAGGAAAUUCAAUAUUUAUUAUCACUGGUACCUUGCCUCGAUGUGAAGCCGACGAAAUAUUAUCCAUUUGUCCUGUUGUUGAAGACGACUUUAAUAGAUCUUCCACAACUAGCACAAGUCAACCGGAUAAAAGUACAGAAGUGGAUGUCGCCUUAGCUGUCAGUAAUGCAGAUAUUGAUGAUGAUGACCAAACCCUACAACGCAUCUUACAAUCAUCAGAAAAUGAUGAUGAAGAACUACAACUCGCUUUAAGAGUUUCAGCAAAUGAGUACGAAGAUACAUCUGACAAGGAACUACGGGAAGCGAUUGCUUUAAGCCUUAAUACUCCUAAUGAAUCGAAUUUUAUCGGCCAAAAUACAGCUCAAACUGACAUAAAUAAUGAGAAUCGAAUAUCAGCUGAAGAAAUUCGCAGAAAUAGACAAGCAUUUAUCGACAAACUCUCAUGCACACCCAGAACAAAAGAGUAAUUACUGGUCAUUAAAUGUAUUUCUAAUAUAUUCCUGUGAUAUUUUGAUGUGUUAGAUAUUUCCGGCCUGUUGUUUCUUCAAUUACAUUAAGAGUAAUCAAAUAAACAAAUACACAAACUAGUUUUUCAUUCCAAUCAACUUUUUUAAGUAUUUGUAUACAAAUAUUUCAAUGUUUCUGUAAAAUACAACAAAUUUUAUAAUUCUUUGUAUAGUUCACUUACUUU